UGACCCCGACCCCUGCCCGACCCCACCCCCCCCAAAAAAGCCCCCAAGGGACUUUCGGUGAGGGGGGGGGGCUGAGUUUGGGGGUGACACAAAUCCCCCCCCCCCAAAAAAAAAAACGGAAAAUGGGGGAGGGGGACACAGCGCUGGACGCCGCGGAUGAACCUCGGCUGGUUGGUUUGGGGGGGGAGAAGAAGAAGAUGGAGAUGGAGAUGGAGAAGACCCCUCCUCAAAAUGACAGGGGCUGGGGGAAUGGUGGGGGAGGGGCUGUUAUUUUUUUUCUUUCUAGGGUCUCCUCUUGUAUCCCCUCCCCCCCUGCCCCACCACCACCACCGUGGGAUUUUGCUGUUUGGGGGAUGAGGAAGGGGGAGGGGGGGCAAAAUACGAGGGGGGGGGGGAAGGGGUCCUCACUCUGCCCCUCCCCCCUCAUCUCGAGCAUCGAGCCCCCCACCAGCACCUGGGGGGGGGGGAGGGGGGGAAGGGGGUCCGGGGGUGCUGCCCCCCCACAUCCCCCGCACCCCGGUAUUAAACUGAUGCCCAGCAGCCCCCUGGCCCCGUCUGUUCGUGGGGGGCUCGGCUCCCUCCCCCACCCCCCCCGACAGGCGCUGGGGGGUCCCCAGGCCCUUGGGCGGGGCCCUGGGGAAGGAAGGGGGGGUGAGGAUUUGCGUUUUUGGGGGAUAUCACCGCGAUUUUGGGGGCCCCGGGCCCGGUUUUGGGGACUUCCGUGUUUACCUCACGGUUGCCAUGGUGAUGCGUCGCGCUCGGAUGACGCGCCUGGUUGCGGCAGCCAAUCAGCGGUGAGGGCGGGAAUGAGGGUUGGUGUCAAUUUGGGCGCGCCGGGGACCGCGGCGCUGCCUGACCCAAGCAAUGUCCGGGAGGCUUGAGGGCUAUCGGGGCUCUGCGAGUGCUAUCGUGAUACAGAAAAUAUCGUGACAGCCGCGGCGGGGGUUGGGUCUCUUUAUAUCGCGACAAAGCGGCGAGAGAUCUCCCGGCAGCGUCGCGCUAGGCCGCGUUUCCAUGGCGACAUCGAGGCGUGGCUGGGGGCGGGGUCAGCACCUCAUGGUGGGUUCUCAUUGGUCGGUAGGCGGAGCUUGCGCUGCUGCUCCGCCCCUUUCCCCGGCCGCCAGGGGGCGCCACGCGCGGAGCGGGGGCGAGCGCGGGGAAUGGAGCUGCGCGGGGGGCCCGAUCUCGGCAGGAGAAGGAAAAAGCGCAAAAAGGACAAAAAACCGAAAGCACCCCCAAGGACCCCCAGCCCCCCCGGCGAGGUGUCCCCAGACCCCCCCCCGGCGCUGCCGUCGCUGUCCGAGUCCCUGCUGGGCUCCGACGAGGGGGAGCAGGAGGACCCCCGGGAUUACUGCAAAGGGGGGUAUUACCCGGUUCGGAUCGGGGACCUUUUCCACGGGCGCUACCACGUGGUUCGCAAGCUGGGCUGGGGCCAUUUCUCCACCGUGUGGCUCUGCUGGGACCUCCGGAGGAAACGUUUCGUGGCGCUGAAGGUGGUGAAAAGUGCCCCCCAAUACACGGAGACGGCGCUGGAUGAGAUCAAACUGCUGAAAUGUGUGCGGGAUUCCGACCCCAGCGACCCCAACCGGGAGAACAUUGUGCAGCUCAUCGACGACUUCAAGAUUUCGGGGGUCAACGGUGUCCAUGUUUGCAUGGUGCUGGAGGUGCUGGGGCACCAACUGCUGCGCUGGAUCAUCAAAUCCAACUACCAGGGGCUGCCCCUGCCCUGCGUCAAGAGCAUCGUGCGGCAGGUGCUGGAGGGGCUGGAUUACCUGCACACCAAGUGCAAGAUCAUCCACACGGACAUCAAGCCCGAGAACGUGCUGCUCUGCGUGCCCCAGCCCUACCUGAGACACCUGGCGGCGCAGGCCACGCGCUGGGCACGGGGGGACGGCCCCCCCCGAGGGGCAGUGAGCUCAGCACCCCAGGAGGAACCUGAGCGGCUGUCGCGGGCUCAGCGGCGCCGGCGGCGGCGGCGACAGCGGCGACAGCGACAGCUGCUGGCAGAGAGACUGCGGGACCUGGAGCGGCUGCGCGACAGCGCGGGGACACCGGGGACAGCCAGCGACACCGAAACCCCCCCGGACCCCCCAGAGGAAUGUGGGGGGAGCCCCCCGAGCGGGGCCUCGUCCUCGGGGGUGCACACGCUGCCGGCGGGGGGGGGGCUCCAGCGAUGGAUUCUCGGGGGGCUCCUGCGCCUCCAGGGGGGGCCCGGGACCCCCGCGGCGCCCCCCCAGCCCCAGCUCGGCCUCGGACUCGCUGUUCACCCCCCACCUCGGGCUCCCUCCUGUCGGGGGGCUCCGAGGGGCUCCCCAAGCCCCUGGGGUCACCCCCAGUGUCCCCUCCAGGUGAGGGGGGGGCUGCCGGGGGGGCAGGAGAACCCCCUGGACCCCCGAGCUGCCCCCCGGCUGCGCGUCAAGAUCGCCGACCUGGGCAACGGCUGCUGGGUGCACAAGCACUUCACCGAGGACAUCCAGACGCGGCAGUACCGGGCCCUGGAGGUGCUGCUGGGGGCGGGGUACGGCCCCCCCGCCGACAUCUGGAGCACGGCCUGCAUGGCGUUCGAGCUGGCCACGGGCGAUUACCUGUUCGAGCCGCACUCGGGGGAGGAGUACAGCCGAGACGAGGACCACAUUGCCCACGUGAUCGAGCUGCUGGGGGAGAUCCCGCGGCACGUGGCCCUGGGGGGGCGCUACUCCCGCGAGUUCUUCAACAGGAAAGGUGAGCUGCGGCACAUCCGGCACCUGCGGCCCUGGGGGCUGCGGGCGGUGCUGCAGGAGAAGUACGAGUGGCCGCGGGGGCCGGCGGCCGCCUUCGCCCGCUUCCUGCGGCCCAUGCUGGCCUUCGAGCCCGCCCGCAGGGCCACGGCCCGCCAGUGCCUGCAGCACCCCUGGCUCCGCCCCUAGCCACGCCCCUAGCCCCGCCCCCCCGCCGCAAUAAACCACGGGUGGGACUGGUGCUCCCGGGGUCUUUAUUGGGGGUACCGGUGGUCCUGGGGUGUUCAUUGGGGGGUCCUGGGGGGUUUAUUGGGGUCCUGUGCAGGGUUUGGGGGGCUCUUGGUGGUCCUGGGGUGUUCAUUGGGGGGUCCUGGGGAGUUUAU